AUCUUUUAUUUCACCUCAUGAAACAUGGGACCAACACUUUACAUGUUACAUUUAUAUUUUUGUUCAGUGUAUUUCCAUGGUAACCACUGUCCACCCUCACACAUUCCCAUACUGGGGAAUCAGGACAAGCGGGUAACCUGAGCCACAAACUAGCUCAAUCCCCUCCCUGUUCUAUUUCCUUUCACAAUACCUCCUGUGUUACUGACACAAGGAAAUAUGCUCUCAUUCGACAAACACAGCUACCCUCUCACGGCUGCCUUGGCUUAGAUGCAACUUGUGGACUUGUAAUCUUUGUUAGUUUCAAAGAGGACAAAGGGGAUACAAUGGUCUGCUCUGCUCUCACAGCUGCCUUGGAUUAGCUGCAACGUUUAGAUUCAUGGACUUUUAUAGAUAGAGUGGAGAAUUUGACUUGUCCGCAUCUGAACUAUCAGGCCUUUUUCCAAGACCAGUCUCAUUUUGUAGUGUAGGAAAUACAAACUAUGCGAAGUCAACCCCACAUCAGAUCCAACAAGCUAACGACAACGUAACCAUUAGAAUACUUCCAGAACCACCUYUUGGACACUUUCGACUAUUCCGGGGAGGAACAAUGAGCCGACAGAUCCUUGCCUUUGUCCUGGCCUUCAUCGGGUUCAUGGGGACCAUCGUGAUCUGUGCCCUGCCCAUGUGGAAGGUAACAGCCUUUGUCGGAGCCAACAUUGUCACUGCCCAGGUGUUCUGGGAAGGGUUAUGGAUGAACUGUGUGAUCCAGAGCACGGGCCACAUGCAGUGUAAAGCCUAUGACUCCCUCCUGGCCUUACCCCAGAACCUGCAGGCUUCCAGGGCUCUCAUCUGCGUCUCCAUUGGGGUCAGUGUGCUCGCCAUCGGGCUGACUGUAGUUGGGGCACGCUGCACCAACUUCCUCCAUGACGACUGGCUGGCCAAGUCGAAGGUUGGCAUUGCGGCAGGCACGGUGUUCAUGGCAGCGGGGGUGUUGUGUGUUAUCCCUGUCAGCUGGUCCGCUCACACCAUCAUCCAGGGCUUCUACAACCCUCUGGCCACCCAGGAGAGGAGAGGGGAACUGGGGGCGUCCAUCUACGUGGGGUGGGUGUCUGGAGCUCUGCUCAUGAUCGGAGGAGGGAUGCUCUGCAGCACGUACAGGUGCUGAGGAGGGGGAGGAGAGGAGGACAUUAGUUAUGGAUGCCAAAAGAGAGAAGAUAGGAUAUCGAAUGCUGGCCUUAUCCUGGAUGGAUGAGGGGAGGAAGGGAGGAGAGAGAGGGCUUUAAACAUUGUAUGUUUGAGGAAGAGAGAGGAUAACACAUUCUCUCCUCACUCCACUAAAGACAUGCCCAAGUCUGGGAUGAUUUAGUCCACAUUGCUCCCACCUAGAUGAUUUUCUUGUGUGGAGAUGUAUUAGGUGAGGCCUGUAGAUUAACUGUGUAGUGACUAUAUGGUGAAAUUCACAGGACAGAUGCAGUGACUGCAUCCCAAAUGGCACCCUAUACCCAAUAUAGUGCACUACUUUUGAACUGAGCCCUAUGGGCCCUGGUCAAAAGUAGCGCACUAUAUAGGAAAUAGGAUUCCAUUUUGGAUGCAGCCUCCUCCAUCACCCCAGACAGGGGUUUGCAGCAUCAGAUUGGCAGAGUGUUCCAUCAUGGCUGUUUGUGGAGGACAGAUAGAGGAGUAGUUCUGAGUGAUGUUUUAACAUGUUUCUUAAUUGAUUGUAAAAAAUAAAUAAAUAAAAAAGUCAAGCAAUGAGA